AUGAAUCAUAAUAAAAUUAAUUAUCAUUUAUCUGUAAAAGAUGAUGAAAUAAAAAAGCACGAAUCCAAUAAUAAAUAUGGGAUAUAUAAAUAUAAGAAUGAACAAAUUUAUAAAACAUAUGAUGAUAAAGAUACUCCUAAUUAUAUAAAUAAUUUUUAUGAUUGUUUAGAUACUUUCUGUGAUAAUGUAGGAGAUAAAAAUGAGUUUGAAAAAAACAAAGUCAUAAUGAAAAGUGGUACUACAAAUGUACAUAAACAUUAUGAUAAUACAUUUAAUAAAAAUAGGAAUAGUGUUAUAUCCAUAAAUAAUAUAAAUAGUGCAUAUAGAAACGAAACAGAUAAUAAACCUUAUAUAUCAAAUAGUGUUCCUAAAUAUUUAAAUAAUAACUUAUUAAUUGAUGAAAAUAUAUUUAAAACUCAAAAUAAUGAUAACAAUGAGAAUAUUAGAAAAUUUCGGAAUAUAUCUUAUAGUGAAAUAAAACAUCCAAAUUAUAAUUACUUAAGAAGAGAUGCAGAACCAAAAUGUCGUAUGUCCAAUGAAAGGAUAUAUUCAUAUAAUAAGGAUAAUUACAUUAAUCCUCGUUUAAAAGAUAAUUAUUGUAAUAUAAGUAAUUCUCCACGUAAUAAUAGAGAUAUGCAUUUACAAAUAAGAGAUGACAAUUGUAAAUAUGUUGAAAAGUUUUAUACAAAUUGUCAAAUACAAAAAGGCAAAGAAAAGGAUGCAUAUAAUAAUAAUAAUAAUAGUAGCAAUAAUAAUCAUAAUAAGGCUGGUUAUUAUAAUUAUUAUGUUUAUAACAAGGGUUUUAAUUUUUAUGAAGAAACCAUAAAUAAUAAUAACCAAUUAAAACAGUAUAGUAAUAUACAUUCCUUAAAAAGUAUAGAUGGUGAUCAAUAUUCCCAUUUAAAUUACACUUCAAAAAGUUUUAAUGAUAAUAGAAAUAUGAAUUAUUAUCAAGAUCAAAAUAAACAUAAUAAUAAUUCUUAUGAUGCUACAAGAAAGGAAGGUAAUGAAAAGCAGUAUCACAUGUAUCAAAACGAAAGUAUAAUUCCCUUUUUAGAAAAUGAACAUAGUAUAAAUGAUCCAAUUAUUAAAAUACGUGAAAAAGAGAUAACACGUUAUCAAAAUAUAGAAUAUCUUCAAAAUAACGAACAUAUUAGAAAUAGACAUAAAGGGAAAAAUAUUCCUGGCGAAAAUAUGAUGUUUCAAUUUGAUAAGAUAAUAGAAAAAAAAGUUAAUAUUUCAUAUACUCAUCACGAAUAUGUUGUAAGAAAUAAAAACAAACCUAUUGAAUACAACAAAGAUGAUUUCUAUUUUUGUAAAGAUAAAGAAGAUAGUGAAAAUAUGAUGAAGUGUGAUCUAAAAAUAAUGAAUGAACAGGAUGUUAUACAUAAUAUAAAUGAUACUUCAAUGAAUCUAGAACAAAAAAAAAAAAUCAUUAGGCUUCAGAAUGAUAAUAAUUUAUAUAAUGAAUAUGAUAAUUAUGAUAAUGAUAUGAACAUGUUCAUAAAUAAAAUUUAUAAAAAUAAUAUGUACCAUAAUGAAAGGAUGCCUAGAUUUAGUGAAUAUCAAAUUUAUAAGAAUUCGAACGUAAUGUAUUUAAAUAAAAGUGAUAACAAACAGAAGCUUAUGGAAAAUAUAAAUUGCCAUUAUGAAAAUUUUAAUUCAAAAAAUAAUGCAAGUUUAUUACCUGUUCAGGAAAAUAGAAAAAAUGAUAAUGGAUUUUAUAUGAACAGUCAGAAAUAUAUGAAAAAUAUUCUAAAAGAACCUGCACAGUCAGAAGGUUCAUUUUAUUCUUACGAGAAAGGUUAUCAUAAUUAUAAUAAUGGAAAUAAAGCUAGCACAAUUAAAGAAUUAGAUAUUAACAUGAAACAAAUAUGUAAAGAUGGCUAUGAUGUAAAUAAAAAAAUAAAAAAAAACCAAGAAAGGAAAGAAUGUAAUGUUAAUUAUUUUCCAUAUAAAACAAGUGCAUAUGAAGAUAAAACAAAUAAUACCACAAUGAAUAUGUUAAAAAAAGUAAGAACAUAUAGUCACACAUCUUCAGAUCACUUUUUAAAUAAUUCUUAUGUAAAUAAGAAUAUACAAACUACUUUUCAAGAUCAUAAGCAAAAUGUUGAUGAUAAUUCAUAUGGAUAUAUUGUGAAAAAUGUGGAAGACAAUUAUAUGAGUAAGUUAAAUAAUUUGUCACCAAGGAAAGAAAAAAUGAAUAUGGAACAUUUGAAAGAAAGAAAGGAGCAACAUAAUCGUAUGCUUUCUUCAGAAAAAAAUUGUUGUUUUAUAGAUGAUAAUAAUGAAACAAAUUAUAAUAGAGUAGUACUUUUAAAAAAUAUCGAUAAAGAAAUAGAAAUAGAUAAUAUUUCGGAGCAUUUAAUAGAAGAAAGAAAUAAUAAUUCUUCCUUGGAAUAUCAUAAUUUGAAACAAAAUGGAAAUGAUAAAAUUCCAAAAGGAAAAGAUAAUAUGUGUGAUAUUUCAGAUAUUUAUAAUAAAAAUAUAUAUACGAAUGAAAAUAAAUUUGAUGAAUUUGACGAAUUUGCAGAAAUUUAUGAUAAUAUAAAUAAAGACAUUCAUAAAUCGAAGGAGAAUAACAAUUUCGAUAUGUAUGAUAGAAAUAAGCAUAUAAAAAAUGAAGAAGAUGAAUUUUUAGAAAUUUAUCAUAAUACAAAAGGUCUGAAAAAUAUUGAGAUGGAUGAAUUUUUAGAAAUCACAGAUAAGAGUAAGAAAACAAAAGAAAAUAAUGUUCAUGUUGAUGAAUUCUUAGAAAUCAUAAAUAAGAAUAAGAACAUAAAUGAAAGUGAUGUUCAUGUUGAUGAAUUUUUUGAAAUUAUUGAAGACACACAAAAGAUGAAAAAUAAUGAAAUCGAAUUAGAUGAAUUUUUUGAAAUUAUUGAAAGCACACAAAAAAUGAAAAAUAAGGAAAACGAAUUAGAUGAAUUUUUUGAAAUUGUUGAUAAAACGCAAAAUGUGAAUAAUAAAGAAGUACCAGUAUAUAUUAAUUUAGAGAAUCAUACUAAAGAUGAUAAUAUAAAUAAAAAUAGUGUUAUGAACAAUAUGCUCUUUGAAAAUGUCAUAGAAAAGGAAGCCAAUAUAAAUAUCGAUUUUGUAAAAGAGGAAGAAAAAGAUACAAUAAAAUCAUUUUCCAGGAAUUAUACAUAUAAUACAAAUGCUGUUUCGAAUGAAGAAAAUGAUAUAAAUUUAUUACACUUUUAUGAUGCAUAUGAAACAACAAAAGGAGAUAACAAACAACAUAAAUCAUUUAUGUAUGCUUCAGGAAAAGAAGUUAUUAUAAAUAAAGAUAUAUUAAAAGAAAUGAGAGAAAAAAUAUUUGACGAUGAUAAGGAUACUAAUUAUUCAUCUGAGGAAAAUAAUAAAGGAGAUAAUAAGUACAAUAAAGAAUUAACCGAAAAAAUCGUAGAAAGGGAUAUGAACUUAUAUAUGGAUCGUUUAAAUGAGGAAAAAGAUAUAUUAAAACCAUUUCCUAGAAAUUUCACAUGUAAUACAAAUGUAUCUUCGAAUGAAGAAGCUUUAAUAAAUUUAUCUGAGUUAUGUGAUAUUAACGAAAAUGCAAAGAUAACUAAUGAACAGAACAGAUCUUUUACGUAUGCUUCUGGCAAGUCUAUUCAUAUAAAUCAAGAUAUAUUGAAAGAGAUGCAUGAAAAAUUGUUUAAUGAUGAUGCUUAUUCAGAUAAUAAAAAUAAAAAUAAUAAUAAUAAAAAUAAUAAUAAUAAUAAUAAUAACAAUAAUAAUAAUAAUAAUAAUAAUAACAAUAAUAAUAAUAAUAAAAAUAAUAAUAAUAAUAAUAAAAAUAAUAACAAUAAUAAUAAUAAUAAUAAUAAUAAUAAUUCAUAUGAAAAAAGUGCGAAGAAGAAGAAUGCAGAAUUGAAUACACCUUUUAUAUACACAUCAGGGAAAGAUGUUAAUAUAAAUAAGGACAUAAAAACAGACAUAGAAGACAAAAUAUUUGAAGAUGAUACUAAUGAUUCAUAUGAAGAAAGUGUGAACAUUGAUAAUAAAGAAUUAAAUACUUCCUUCACAUAUGCAUCAGGAAAGGCGAUUAAUAUAAAUAAGGAUAAACUAAAGGAAAUGAGACACAAAUUGUUUGACGACGAUGAUGGUUAUAAUAAUUAUUCUUUUGAAGAAUAUAAGAACGAAAAAAAUAAUAACGAAAAAAAUAAUAACACAUUAUAUACAUCUUUUACAUAUGCAUCAGGAAAGGAGGUUAAUAUAAAUAAAGACAAAUUAAAAGAGAUGAGACACAAAUUGUUUGACGACGAUGAUGGUUAUAAUAAUUAUUGUUUUGAAGAAAAUAAGAAUGAUCAUAAUAAACAAGUAAAUACAUCAUUCACAUAUGCAUCAGGAAAGGAGGUUAAUAUAAAUAAAGAUAAAUUAAAAGAGAUGAGACACAAACUGUUUGAUAACGAUGAUGGUUAUAAUAAUUAUGGCAGUGACCAAAAGAUAAGGUCAGAAAAAAAAAAUAUAUUAUACGUUUCACAUGAUUCGGAGAAAAGUAGAAAAGUAGUAGAAGAUAAAAUAUUAAGAGAAAACGAAAGGGCACAAAUUGAUGAUAAUAAAAAUGGUUAUGAAAAAAAUAUAGAAGAAAAAUGUGUAAGAAGUUUAUCAUGUGAAUAUAGAGAUAAAGGUUCAGAAGAUGUGGAUAUGACUAAAUCGAAAGAACAGGAAUUAUACAAAUUAGACAAAUACGAUGAUUAUAUAAAUAAAAAAGACGAAUUAAAUAAGGAUGAUAAAAAUUGUAGAUUGUUAGAUAAGUGUACCUUACAGAUGAAUAAAAAGAGAAAGAUGAGAUAUGAUAAUAUUUCAAAUUCUAAAAGAGAUUUUAUAAAUCCAAGGCAAAGAAAACAAAUAAAGAUAUUGGAAGAAGAAAAGAAUAUGAAUAUUUAUAAUAAAAAUAAUAAUAUAAAUAAUAACAAUAAAUGUAAGAAAUUAAACUUGAAAAUUAAUGUAAGAAAUUAUGUAAAGUUAAUAAAAGAUAAUCUUUUAAAUAUAUCAAUAAAAAAAAAGAUAAAAGAUUGUAAAUUGACAAAUACAUUAAUAUAUAUAAAUGAAAAUAAAACACCUUUUCAUUUUCAUUGGUUCAAGGAUGAUUACAUAUAUUUUUAUAAAAAUAAAGAAACUGAGGAAUAUUAUAUAUGUGAUAUAAAUAUACUAUAUGAAUUAUUCAUAUUAACAUUAAAAGAAAUGAAUUUAUUUGAUAUAUAUGAUUUUAAUUGGUUUUACAAAAAAUAUAAGUUGAUUAGUAUAUCUUUGAAUCGUACAUAUAGAAAGAAUUUAAAGAAGAAUUAUAAAAGUAUAAAGAAGGAGAUUAUGAAUAAAAUUAUAAGGGAUAAUUAUUUGCAUAACGAUAUUGCAGGAGGGUUAUCUAUUCAUGAAUACUAUGAUAAUUUUAUAUAUGAAUAUUUAAAUGCACAUACAUACAUAAAUCUGAGAAGAAAGCAUAUAAAAUUGGUAUCAAAUGGAUAUAAGGAAAGAAUAUAUUUGAAUAAUGAAAAAGAGGGAACAAAUCAUGAUAACAAAAAUAAGUGGAAUAAUUAUGAAAUGGAAAAAGAUGAAUUUAUAGAUAUAAAAAAUUUAGAUGACAUAAAAUUUAAUGAAGAAAAAGAUUUUAUGGAUAAACUAAAUAAAAUGGAAUAUAAAGAAUUAAAAAAAAAGAAUUAUAUGAAAAUGAUAAUUAAAAGUAUUGAUGAAACAGAGGCACCUUGUCCUUUGAAAUUUAUGUAUAAAUUAUUAAAAAGAUAUUUAGAUGAAAGAAGUAAGAAAAAAAGUAUUUUACAAUUACUAAAGGAUAGAACAAUAUCUUCUAAAAUAUCUAUGAAUUUAAGAGUUGAAGAAAUUAUAAUAGAAAAAAAAAAAACAAUAAAAAAUAAUAAGAAUAAUGAACAUAAUAAUAAUUUUAAUGAUGAUAUAUAUGAUAUUCAUAAUGAUGAUAACUAUAACAUUGUCUUAAUUUUAAGUGACAAUUUUGAUUAUAUACAUUGUUUUGUAAAAGAUGAUUAUUUAAAAAAUUUUAUAAUAUCUGAAAAAAUAAGAAAGGGGAAUAUUAUAAAAAUUAAUGCUUUAGAUAUAUAUAACAAUAAUAUGGGAGAAGGAAAAGAAAAUCAUGGUAUACAUACAAUAUAUUUUCUUUUAUCUAGUAAUGAUUUAAUUGAAAUAGAUAAAAAGGAUACACUAAAAAUUGGUUUCACAAAAUAUAAAGCUAAAAAGAUACGAUGUAUUCAAGAUUUUGGUAGUACUUGUUUUUUUAUAGAUGUUAUAAUGAUAAGUAAAAGUGAUUUUUCUUAUGGAUUUUAUGAUCAAGUAAAAAAAAAAUAUUACCUUUUAAAUAGAAAUGUUUAUGAAAAACUCAUAUACAAUUUAAAGAAUGAAAUAACCAAAAUGUUUCAUGAGGAAAAUUUUAAAGAAAAUAAUGAAUAUAUUCGAUUGAAAAAUGAACUAACCAUGUUUCUUGAGGCAACACCUUUUUGUACGAUACAAGCUAUUGAUUAUUCUUCCUUAGAGAGGAUAAAGGAUACGGAUUCGUAUGAGGACAAAAUAGGAUAUUUGAUCAAUUCGUUAUGUCAAAUAAAAAUGUUCAAGAUUGACGAGGGAACCUAUGAAAGUCUACGGAAAGGAAGCCGAAUACAAUUAUUCAAUGUUUUCGUUCAAAAAUCAAAUCAUAAUAAUAAUAAAUUUAAUCAAUUUUUGGAUGACCACGUUUUAGAUGAUUUUCUUUUUAAUACAUUCAAUGGGAAGAUACAUGGGGAUAAUAUAAAAAGAGCUUUAAAUUAUCAUAUGUUUGAAUCUCGUUUUUUAAAAGAUAUUACAAAAAUAAAUAAUGAUGACAUUACAUAUGAUAAAUAUUUACAGUGUAUACAUGCAUCAGUUUUAAAAAAGAAACAUUAUGCACCUAUAGUAUUUCAAGCUCUUCAUUCAACAUAUAUAAAUAUAGAUGAGAAAUAUAAAAGUAAGUUAUUUGAACAACUAGAAGAUGUUUUGAAAUUACAAAAUUAUAUACAAUUAAAAACAGAUGGUAGUAUAGUAACAAAAGAAACAAAAGAAAUAAAAGAAAAAACAUAUCCAUCAUUUAUAUAUACCAAUAUAUAUAAAAUACCUGUAUUAUCAAGUGUACAUUUUCAUAUAUUCAAAAAUUAUAUCAAACAAAAUAACAGGGAAAACAAAAUAUAUUUUGAUUUAAUCCAAGGAAAUUUGUAUUAUAUAUCUGGUGUAGUUAUACAUUAUACAGACGUUGAAAUUAAGGAUAUUAUUGAUUUCAAAUGUGCGCAAGAGAAAAAAAAACUUUUAAACUAUAAAAUAUUUUUGUUGACAUCUAAUGGACAUUUAUGCUGCGUAAAUGUAUCCAUGACAUGUCCAGAUUUUUUAAUAUCCUCUUGUAAAAAGGAUUACGAAAAUAAAGAAAGGGAGAUAUUAAAAAAAAUGAUACAUGUGUAUUGUGUAGAAGAAAAAGAGAAAAAAAAUAAUAAUAAGGUUGAAAUAAAUAAUUCGAAUAAAAAAAAAAACGAAACGAAUACUUAUAAGAGUAAUAAUGUUCAUAAGAAUCAUAAGGAUUUAUUUAAUUAUUUAUAUAAAACAGAAAAUACAAAUUAUGAAGAAGGCUCCUCUAAAUAUGAUAUAAAUUUCAAAAAAUUUGAUAUGGUUUUAUUUUUUAAAGACAUUGAGUUUAUAAAUUAUGAUGACAAAAAUGACAUUUUUAACUUUAGGUCAUACACUCAUCCGCAUUUUGACAGCUUAAAAAUGUAUUCAAAUGAAUUUAUUAAAAUGAAGGGGAAUAUGGAAGACUUAAUAAAACUAAAUUAUAUAACUUUUGAAAAAAAUAAAAUUGUAAUUAAACUAGAAGAUCAUUGUAAAAUAAAAGUGGAUAAAAAUAAUAUAUCGUCUAUGCAUUUUUUAUAUUUGUUAAUUUAUUCGAAAUGUAAAUCUAUUGAAUUAACCGGUGUGUGUGUAGAAAAUAAUUAUUUAUCGACAUUUUUAAAAAACAUAUGGAAUAUAUUUGUUCCAUGA